ACACCGUAAUGCGCGCUUGCUAAGAUUUACGUGUAGAUCAGCCAGUGACCGAUGUCGUAGCUAGAAGGUGGAAACUGCCUCGGGAGUACAGCGAUGAAUCAUGUGCGCGAUGCGUUCGAUUUGUCACUCUAUGUUAGUGGCUAUCAAAGCGGAUAGGGUAGGAUCGGUCCAAUUAGAUCCUCCAUGGCUGCACAGCGGCAUAGCUAAUAGCGUAUUGCAAGUACACUGUAUCAGAUACUAUACAAGCUGCAGACAACCGUCCGCCUUGGGUCGCAUUUCGAGUGACAGGGAACUCCAGACCGAUAGUUCAGUGCGUAUUGAUAAAUAUAUUGCUGAUGGUUGUUGUUUUGACUCCCUGGUAUACCGUUUAGCGGUCACCCUUAUCUUGUCUUCUGCUCACACUUUGAACUUGCUAAGCCACCAGUUUCCAGCAUUACAUCCCUAGUCGGUGCUCCGUUGCAUAGUGGGAAACUCUUCUCU